AUGACAUCCUUCAGCGCAGACUUCACACUUGUCACCUCUAACGGUAAGGAAACACAUUCUCUCGGGAGACUGGAUUUCCCCACAACUGCCCCCAACACUACCUCAGCAACAACCGAUGUCCCGGUAACUACUCUUGAUGACAGGGUCACGCCAUACUUGGACCAUGGUUCAGCUGAUUCCUCCGUUGCAGGCACUUCCCGCAAGAAAACACUAUACAUGGCGCAACAGUUCGAACUCGCUUCUCGAAAUCCUAUCCAGGAUCCCGCCUCAGUCCUGGGCGCUCUUCCCACUACAGCAGCUACUUCCCGCACGUCCAGGGAUAAAAAGUACACUCUCCCGAGUUGGAAGGCCUCACGUGCGCUGGCGAAAAGCUUCGAUUAUACCCAAGCCCCACCCUCGCUCACUGACAGACCACCAAAGGAGGAGGGCGUUUGGUAUGUGUGA